AUGUUCGGACACCUGUGGAAGAAGCAAUGGCUGUCGCGGCCAACGGAGAUAUUAUGGUUUCAAUGGAUUGGAGGAUUAGGAUCGAUGCUGAUGCUGAAUGUGAUCGGCAUGCUGAUCGGGAUGUUCUCGCCGUUUCUGGCCCUGAUGACCACCCCGAAUUCGUCACUCUUCCUCACCUUGGACGAGGCCUCCUGGGUGGCGUCAUUGUCCAGUCCGGCGCGUCUGGUGGGUGCGAUAUUUGGCUCAAUCACCGUCAACUACCUCGGGAGUAAGAGGGCGAUGCUUAUCGGGGGAUGCCCUCUGCUGCUGGCUUGGGUUUGUCUCAUCCUGGCUGACUCAGCAAUCUGGCUCUACGGGACCAGUUUCGCCCAUGGGCUGGGCAUAGGAAUCGCGUUCGUCAGUUUUCCCGUCUACCUCGGAGAAGUCAGCAGCUCAGCGACCCGCGGCACGUUGGUAUCCUUCGCAUUGAGCGGGUUCCCCCUGGGCUCAUUGAUAGGCAACAUUUUGGGCACCUACCUACCAAAGGAAACGUUUGGCUACGUAGCCUUGGUGCCGACCAUCGUUUACAUCGCCAUCUUCCUAUGCGUCCCAGAAUCUCCUCACUACUAUGUCAAGAUGGGCAAAUAUGACGAGGCCAAAAGGUCGAUAAGCCGGUACCAUCCGAAAGUGAUUGUCAAAGAGGAGCUGGAGUCCUUGCAGACAUUCGUCUCCGGAUCGAAUUCGGUUACGGUUGGAGAUCGACUGCGGGAGUUGAUAACACCUCGAAACAGGAAGGCUGGCGUGAUAAUUUUGAUACUGUACCUCUUCAUGCAUUUCAGUGGUCUCAACUCUAUUCUAUACUACAUGGAAAUGAUCCUGAAAUCAAGCAACGUGACCGCGAUUGCUCCUGCGACGGUGGUGAUCGUAGCCAACGUACUUGACUGCGUCGGCGGAUGGGUGGCGAUGUCUUUGGCGGAUAGAUAUGGACGGAGGCCAAUGUGGAUAAUCUCAGCCUGUGGAGCUUGCGUAACCAUGGUUUUAAUGGGAGCAAAUUUUACACUUUUGGACAAUGGCUAUAAUUUCUACGAACAGCAGUGGGUGCCGAUUGUUUGCAUGAUCAGCUUCCGGGUCUUUCUAUUCGUGGGUGUCUUCUCUCUUCCCAGUAUAUUUAUGAGCGAGCUUAUCGCACCGAAUGUGAAAGGCGUAAUGGUAUGUUUAGGCAAUAUUUUUGCUGGGUUAAUCGGCUUUGUCUCGACGAAAAGUUAUCAACCUUCGCUGGAUGCCUUUGGCGAAGCUUUCGUAUUCUACAUGUAUGCCGUUAUCAUGUUUUUAGCUGUUAUUUUUGGCUUCAAGUUGCCUGAAACAAAGGGCAAGACCUUGCAGGAGAUUCAGAAAAUAUGCAGGAACGUUAUGCUGACGAGUUUUCAGAGUCUCGAUGAGCUCUACAAAAAAAUCCACAAAAGCAUAUGCUUUUCUGCUUUUACAUUAAAUGAGAUUAAAGCAAGUCAAAGGAUUGAAUUUUAUCUCCACAAUCUCCAAUACUCCAACAUCACUAAAACAAGCAUUGAAAUACGAGAACAGAGGAAUACACUAGUUAUCCGAAGUUUAGCAAAGUUCUUUAAUCUCCAAAUAUUUACUGGACGUAAUCAGUCACCUGAUUUUGCGGUGAAUAAGAUUCACAAGCACAGGGGGAAACCAACGACAAUUCAAGACAGAUUUCCUUCCUAUCGUAAGACGCCAAUGUCGAUCGACAAAUUUGCUUCAAACUCUAGAAAAUGUACAAUGAUUAUCUCGAGAAGAAAUAGACGUUUUGCCGUUAGCUGUCACAUGGCGCUGGACCAUUGCCUAGCUACGAGUUGGUUUCGCUUGCUAACUGAUGGUGUGAUGCAUAAGAAUUACGAAUGCAGUAAUGUUGGACACUGUGAUGGUCACUGUAUGGAUCGAUAUAGAUCUCAGAACUUAUGUGGCGCCGAGGGGGCGCAGUCGUGCCGAAAUGAUCAGUCGAAUCGGAAGACAGUUAACGUUGGUGAUACAGGCAAUAUCCUUCAUGGCACAGACGUGAACGUGAAAAGUAUUCGUACCGGCUACCGGAGUUCUGAAGUCGGUUCCAUAUUUUAUUCAAGCAGGAUUAUUGGUUCAGAGAACCGCAGAGGAAUCGUUACUAAGGACACGUCGUAUUCAAUGUUCGGACACCUGUGGAAGAAGCAAUGGCUGUCGCGGCCAACGGAGAUAUUAUGGUUUCAGUGGAUUGGAGGAUUAGGAUCGAUGCUGAUGCUGAUUGUGAUCGGCAUGCUGUUCGGGAUGUUCUCGCCGUUUCUGGCCCUGAUGACCACCCCGAAUUCGUCACUCUUCCUCACCUUGGACGAGGCCUCCUGGGUGGCGUCAUUGUCCAGUCCGGCGCGCCUGGUGGGUGGGAUAUUUGGCUCAAUCACCGUCCACUACCUCGGGGGUAAGAGGGCGAUGCUUAUCGGGGGAUGCCCUCUGCUGCUGGCUUGGGUUUGUCUCAUCCUGGCUGACUCAGCAAUCUGGCUCUACGGGACCAGUUUCUCCCAUGGGCUGGGCAUAGGAAUCGCGUUCGUCAGUUUUCCCGUCUACCUCGGUGAAGUCAGCAGCUCAGCUACCCGCGGCACGUUGGUAUCCUUCGCCAUGAGCGGGUUUCCCCUGGGCUCAUUGGUAGGCAACAUUUUGGGCACCUACCUGCCAAAGACUACGUUCGGCUACAUAGCCUUGGUGCCGACCAUAGUUUAUAUCAUCAUUUUCAUAUGCGUCCCCGAAUCUCCUCACUACUAUGUCAAGAUGGGCAAAUUGGACGAGGCCAAAAGGUCGAUAAGCCGGUACCACCCGAAAGUGGUCGUCAACGAGGAGUUGCAGUCAUUGCAGACAUUCACCUCCGAAUCGAAUUUGCUUACGGUCGGAGAUCGACUCCGGGAGUUGAUGACACCUCGAAACAGGAAGGUUGGAGUGAUAAUACUGCUACUGCACUUCUUCAUGCAUUUCAGCGGUCUCAACUCCAUUUUAUACUACAUGGAAAUGAUCCUGAAAAGAAGCAACGUGACCGCGAUUGCUCCCGCGACGGUGGUGAUCGUAGCCAACGUACUCGACUGCGUCGGCGGAUGGGUGGCGAUGUCUUUGGCCGACAGAUAUGGACGAAAGCCCAUGUGGAUAAUCUCAGCCUGUGGAGCUUCCGCAUCCAUGGUUUCAACCGGAGUAAAUUUCACCCUUUUGGCCAAUGGUUAUAAUUCCUACGAACAACAGUGGGUGCCGGUUGUUUGCAUGAUCAGCUUCCGGGUGUUUCUCUUCGUAGGCAUCACUUCCAUUCCGAGCAUAUUUCUGAGUGAGCUUAUCGCGCCGAAUUUGAAAAGCUUGACAGCAUGUUUGGGCAAUAUUCUCGCGGGGUUCGUCGGCUUUGCCUCGACGAAAAGUUAUCAACCUUUGCUGGAUGCCUUUGGCGAAGCUUUCGUAUUCUACAUGUAUGCCGUUAUCAUGUUUCUGGCUGUUAUUUUUGGCUUUACGUUGCCUGAAACGAAGGGUAAGACCUUGCAAGCGAUUCAAAACAUGUAAAUU